AUGAAUAUUUUGGCUUUCAAUGCAAAGAUAUCAGGUUUUGGCACAGCAAAGAUUAUUCUUCCGAUUCAUGAAGUACAUCCAAAUUUUUUUAGGAAUGGAAGAUAUUCUGAUGCUCCUCCUGAGAAUGUCUUUCCAUUUGCAGGGCUAAUGAAUGUGGAAACCGAUGUAUAUGGUUUUUCUGUGGAAACCGAUGUAUAUGGUUUUGGUGUGGUAUUGGUUGCAUUGCUAACAGGUUUAUCUACAAAUGGAUGGCAUCAACUUAGUUGGGGUGAAAUCCAUCCAAUUCCAUAUUUUAUGAAUCUCGAAAGAAACAAAUUGGUGAAAAUUAUGGAUCCAAAGUUAGAGGGCAAAUAUCCUUUUAAAGCUGCACAAAAAUUAGGUUCUCUUGCUUCCAUGUGUCUUCAAUAUGAACCCCAAUUCAGGCCAUCAAUGAAAGUUGUUGUCGAGGUACUUGAACGUGUUGCAGCUGCUAAGUGGAAAGACAAGAGCCCUGGAUAA